UUUCAUGGCUGGAAGUGAAUUUACAAGUGCAGCAAAACGGUGCAGAAUGCGAAGAAUGGCGAAGAACAUGGACGAUAGCGACUUUCUCGCUUUAUAACGCGUAAUUUUGUGCUCGACAAUAUGAGCCGUGACGAAACAAGUGCUGUGUACCUGCAGUGGAAGCAGGACAAUUUCAAAUUCUCGGAGACGAGUACGCUCAGAUUAGAAUAAGUACAGACUAUAAUCAAAAAAAAAAAUGGAUGGUACAAGGGCCGCCGAGGUUCUUCCUCUUCUUCAAGAACGCCUUGCUAUACUUCCUGGAAGUCGAGAUCGUCGAGGAGGUCCUGUUUUGGUGUUUCCAACAACACCAAGACGUGAACGUGCAAAACCUGAGGACUAUCGACGUCUUUUACAGUAUCUUCUAACCAUUCCAAACGAUGAAACAAGAGGAUUACGUUUUACAGUCGUAGUGGAUAUGCGAGGUGCUACUUGGGAUUCUGUGAAACCAAUUCUCAAGGUAUUACACGAACACUUUCAUCGAUCGGUCCACGUUGCAUUUAUCAUCAAGCCAGAAAAUUUCUGGCAGAAGCAGAGGACUUCGCUGGCCAAACAGAAGAAGUACAACUUUGAGAUUAAUACAAUUAGUUUAGAGGCAUUAGCCAAAGUAAUAGAUCCCUCUCAACUCACUGCGGAUUUAGAUGGUUCCUUACAAUAUGAUCACGCUCAGUGGAUAGACACUAGACUUGCCGUAGAAGAUUUUACAUGGCAGGCUGCUGAUCUUUUAGAUAGAUUAGAUGAUUUACAAGAAGAUCUCAGCCGUAAUGAUUUUGCCGAUGAUGUCGGUGGUGCAAAGCAUGGUAUCGAUCUACACAACGAGAUGAAGAAAAAAAUAAUGAAAGUUCCAGUUGAAGAGGUGGAAGUCGUUGGACAAAGAUUAUUACAACGAUUUAAUAAUGGUGUAACGGGAAACGGUGGCGAAGGCGGAAGCAUAGAAUCAGGAGCCACAGGUGGUUCUGAUUCGGAUGGUCGAGCCUUAGCAUCAAUGGUGAUUCAACAUCUAAAUUCGGUGCACGCGGCGCAGCAACACCUCUUGAAAUUGUGGCACAUUAAAAAAAUAAAAUUGGAUCAGUGCUUUCAACUUCGUUUAUUUGAACAGGACUGUGAAAAAAUGUUUGAUUGGAUUUGCCACAAUAGAGAGAGUUUUCUUGGCAAUUACGUUGAAAUUGGUAGAUCUUAUCAGCUUGCUAAAAAUCUCCAAGAAGAACAUAAACAUUUUACCAUGAGUUCAAUGAAUGUCUAUGUCAAUAUCAAUAAAAUCUUGACAAUGGCCGGUAGACUUUUAGAGACUCAGCAUUAUGCUGCUGGUCACGUACGUGCCGUCGCUGGUAGAUUGGAUCGUGCAUGGAAAGAAUUUGCCGCUGGACUCGAUGAAAGAACUGCCGUUCUUGGAUUGAGUGUUGUUUUUCAUCACAAGGCAGAACAGUACGUUGACAGUGUCACCGGUUGGAGUAAAGCAUGUGACACUCCAAAUUUGCCAAAUGAAAUACCAGUUCUUGAAUCUCAUAUUCGACAGCAUCAGACUCUCUAUGAGGCAAUGUGUCAAGCUUACACUGAGGUCUACAAUGCCUACCAAGCACUUUUGAGUGGACUGGGUUCAAUGCUACAAGUAUGUCAUAGCGCAAGCACAGUCGGUCUUGCAGGCUCCGAUGUCUUUCACGAUGAUUAUGUUCAUAGCACCAGUAAGAAGCUUCUUUACCAACUGGAUCAUCUUGUUCAAGUCUGUAAUCAACCUCAGGGGAUUGACCAUGCUACAAGAAAACAUAAUCAGGAUGGUCAUGGAAUGGAUGGCCGAGGUGGAAUGAGUGGAAAUCCCGCUGCCGAUUACAGUGAGGGAGCAUCUCACGUUCUUGCCGUGAUUCAUCAAAUCUUGGGUCAUCACCGAGCACUUGAGGCUCGUUGGCAUGCUCGCAAAAUAAAACUUCAUCAACGUCUUGCUUUAAGGCAAGAUUCUACUAAACUUUUUCAAGAAGACGUUAAACAAGUUUUGGACUGGUUAACAAAUCAUGGUGAAGUUUUCAUUAGAAAAAAUACAGGUGUUGGACGAAAUCUUCAAAAAGCAAGAGUUUAUCAAAAGAGCCAUGAACACUUUGAAAAUGUUGCUCAGAAUACUUAUACGAAUGCGACGAAAUUGUUAACUGCCGCUGAGGAACUUGCACAUACUGGAGAAUGUGCUCCGGAUGAAAUUUAUGCAGUUGCUCAAGAACUUGAAGAUCACGUCAGUAGUUUUGCAGCAAGAGUUGAACAACGACGAAGAAGAUUAGAUUUAGCUGUUGUAUUUUAUACGCAUGAGAAAGAGCUCGCUGGUUGGGUUGACGAAUUGCGACAAGAAUUACAACAGGAUGAAGUUGCUGAAAGUUUGGAUACUGCUGAGAGAUUAUUGGAUCAGUGUGCGCAGCAUAGAGCCUCGUGUCUUGAAGCUUGUACUUCAACAAUAGCUCAGGGUGAAGCACUCCUUCAGGAGUUACGCGAUUCAAAUGAAGCACCUGAUACAACAGGCUCUGUAACUGCUGUGGAGACUGCAUUGGAUAGACUUUCAGGAUUACGUCAAGAAUUGGAGGAAUUGUGGGCAACGAAAAAAUUGAGAUUAGAUCUUUGUCUUCGUCUUCGGGUGUUUGAGAGGGACGCAUUGGAAGCGAGUGGUCAACUCGAGAUGUGGACUCAGGAACUUCAUGGACCACCAAGGGAGGGUUCACCGGAGCAAUUGUUGCGUGUUCAUAAUGAUGGAGUGGCACAUAUGCAAAAUACAGCGUUUCAAGUGUUACAACAGGGACAGGAACUAGCUCAGGUGUUGGAUCAAGCGGGUGUUUGCAUCAUGGCCGAUGGACAGCAUACAGCUGCGGCGAGGGUUCAAGUUCUUCUCGAAUUUCUCAAUGAACGUGAAAUGGAUGCCGAGGAUCUUGCUGAAAUGCGGCGUGUUCGAUUGGAACAAACUGCUCAAUUGGUGCAAUUACAAGCGGACGCUUUGCAUGUUGCCAAUUGGAUUCGAAAUGGCGAGGCAAUGCUUCUUGCUUCUUUGAGAGUACCGGAAAAUCUUCAAGAUGCAGAACAACUCAGACUCGAGCACGAACAAUUUCAAGUGGCUAUUGAGAAAACUCACACCUCUGCUGUUCAGGUGAAGCACAGGGCGGAUGCCUUACUCAGCGCAAAUCAUUACGAUCCAAAAAGUAUUCGAGAAGUUGCCGAAGACGUGACUAAAAGAUGGCAACAGCUCGUUACUUGCGCAGAGGAAAGACAUAAACUUGUCGCAGCGAGUAUAAGUUUUUAUAAAACAACAGAACAGGUGCGAUCUGUAUUAGAUAGUUUGGAAAGGGAAUAUAGAAGAGACGAGGAUUGGUGUUCUGGCGGUGAGAAAAGUGUUCAAGUAACCACAUUUGUUACAAAACAUCAAGAGCAAAAAGAAGGAUUCUUGAAAGCUUGCACUUUACUUCGUCGCAAUGCUGAAACUUUUCUUAAGUACACAAAUCGAAGUCUUCAACUAUAUAGUUAUCAAGCGACUGGUUCUGAGAGCAAAGUUAAAAGUAUUCUGGAAGAAUUGCUGAGUAAAGAGAAUAAAGUUCUUGAAUAUUGGACGCAAAGGAAAAAGCGCUUGGACCAAUGCCAUCAGUACGUGCUUUUGGAGCAAAGCGUGAAGCAAACUCUUGAAUGGAUCAGGGAUAAGGGAGAAGUCUAUCUUGCAUCGCACUCCAAUGUUGGCAAAAAUCGUGUCGAGAAUGAACAGCUACUUCACGAGCACAACAAAUUCAAAGGGGAAGUUAAGGAAAAGAGGGAAAGAGUGAAGCUAUUGAUUCAAUUCGUGGAUAAUUUUGUUGAGGAAGGUCAUAUUCACACUGCCGCUAUCAAGCAAUCUGUCGCGGAAGUUGAUCAAAUAUUUAGGGAUUUUAGCAUGCGAAUGGAUUGUUAUAAAACUCAGAUUGAAGACGAUUUGGGAAUUCAAUCUGAUGAGAGUCAUAAAGAUUUGUCUAUUGACAGAAAUUCUGAUCCAUUGUUAGAGGAAAAAAUCAAAGGAAAAGAUUUAAAGGAACUGAAUGAGGAAAAAAGGAGAUCAGCUCGACGAAAAGAAUUUAUAAUGGCCGAACUCUUACAAACGGAGCGUACUUAUGUGAAAGAUUUAGAGACUUGUAUACGAUGCUUUUUGGAGGAAACUAGAAAUGGAAAAGGAAAUGUUCCGCAUGGCCUGCAAGGACGGGAGUCUAUUAUUUUCAGUAAUAUGGAAGAGAUUCACCGUUUUCACUGUGAUAUAUUUUUGAGAGAACUUGAAAAAUAUGAAACUAUGCCCGAGGACGUUGGGCACUGUUUCGUUACUUGGGCUGCAAAGUUUGACAUGUACGUGAUGUACUGCAAAAAUAAACCCGAAAGCAAUCAAUUAUUGGUUGCACAUGGCGGCAAUUGGUUUGAAGAUUUGCAACGAAAAUACAAAGUAGAACAUCCAAUUGCUGCGUACUUAAUCAAACCAGUGCAGAGGAUUACAAAAUAUCAAUUACUUUUAAAAGACCUUCAGGCCUGUUGCCAAGAAGGUCAAGGAGAAAUCAAAGAUGGCCUCGAAGUGAUGCUGAAUGUGCCUAAAAAAGCAAACGAUGCCUUACAUUUAAGCCUACUAGAGGGAUGCGACGUCAGAUUAGAUACUCUCGGAGACGUAGUCCUUCAAGACGCAUUCACAGUUUGGGAUCCUAAGCAACUAAUCAGAAAGGGCAGAGAUCGACACAUUUUUCUCUUUGAGCUUUAUCUUCUAUUUAGCAAAGAAGUGAAAGAUUCUGCCGGCAAGGUGAAAUAUAUUUAUAAAAGUAGACUAAUGACAUCGGAGUUGGGUGUCACUGAACACAUAGAAGGCGAUGAGUGUAAAUUCGCCGUCUGGACAGGACGAGCACCGACGAGCGAUACUCGCGUGGUCCUGAGGGCCAAUUCACUGGAGGCAAAACAACUGUGGGUCAAGAGACUUCGCGAGGUUAUUCAGGAGACGUACUUCAGUCUCAGCAUGCCGAAGAGCCCCGCUAAAAAGAGUUCCAGUCAACGAUCCAGCAGAGAUCUAGAGGAAUGUGCAUCGCUUGACGACAGUGUUGAGAAUCUCGAUAGAAAUUCCUUGGCAUCUUUUGGAUCAACGAACACCACCGAUUCCGACAAGACUGGAGUAGCAGAAAUGACAUGGGUUGUCGCAGAUCAUUCGGCGACACCUGGUACCCGGGAGUUGACUGUCACAAAAGGUCAACAAGUCGAGGUCCUCGAAAACGGAAGCGGAAGUACAGGCAGCAUUGGAGCUGAAUGGACCCUCGUGAGAUUGGCUUCAACACCAGGUCAAGUUGAACCUCCUGCUGAAGGUCUUGUACCAACUAGCGCCCUUAAACAACCGCCCACAGCGUCUUGUAAAACAUCGCCGUCCAGGAAACCACCGCCCGCGCAGACCAGCGUUCAAAUCGCUCAACAAACCUCCGUUACUGCUGAAGAUGCCGAAAUCAUUGGAAGUGACGGAAGUGGACCAGCCAACACAAGCUCACCAGGAAACAAGAGACGGGGUUUCAAUUCGAGAAAAUGGCUUCCGCCUCCAUUACGUAAACUCAGUCAAGGAAAAGUUGAAAAGUCGUCGUCAACGGCGGAUAGACCACCGCCUCCACCUCCGCCACCUCCUUUGCUCAAGAAAACUAGUUCGGAUAAAAGAUUCAAGCUUCCAAGUGGAGAUAAAUCGGCUGCUCGAGCAACGUCUGAGGGUGAAGAGGAAGAGGAAUUGGGCUACGAGGACGGUGAAACACCGGCAUUCCUCGAGCAAAACGGCGGUGAAGACGCUGAGGAUGAUCUUGAAUUGCCACCUCCUAUGAAACCAAUUACAGAACCAAUUCUCGUGGCAACUGGAAACGGCCCUCCAGGUUCAACUGCCCCCGACGAAUUGCCUGGAAAACGAGGCACUUCCUUAAAUACGGAGCGCACCAUAAAAUCUUUAGACGGUGCCACGCCGGCGGAUAUCGCCGAAAUUGAACAAAUCGUUAAGGAACGAAUGGAGCAACAUACAGAAAAUCGAGAAAGACAACACAGCUCGCAAAUUCGAACUCCAAUUAGAUCGUCGACAUCGACUGGAUCGCCGACAUUAUCAUCAAACGCAGCAACGUCAACCGAUGGUGGUUACAGCGGAGGAAUGGCAGGUAGUGUCUCGUUAACUGAAGGAAGUGAUGAUCCUGAAUGUACAAUUUUGGCAAAGAGACAAUUCGUCAUUAGAGAAUUGGCUGAUACAGAGAGGGAUUAUGUUAACGAUUUGCGGCAAAUCGUCGAAGGCUAUAUUGCUCUCAUGCAAGAUCCAGAAACUGACAUUCCCCUUCCCGAUGAUCUUAAAGGUGGCAAGGACAAAAUGGUCUUUGGAAAUAUUGAAGCGAUUUAUGAAUUUCAUCGAGAUUGUUUUUUGAAAGCUUUGGAACACUGUCUUGAAAGGCCAGAAGAACUUGGUCCCCUAUUCAAACGUUACGAGAGGAAGUUGCACAUGUACGUUGUGUACUGUCAAAACAAACCAAAGUCCGAGUACAUCGUUUCUGAGCACAUCGACGAAUACUUUGAAGAACUCAGACAAAAGCUUGGUCAUCGGCUUAAGCUUUGUGAUUUAUUAAUCAAACCAGUACAGAGGAUUACAAAAUAUCAACUUUUACUACGUGAGGCGCUUCGUUUAACGGAAGGAACGAGACGUUUAUCGGAAAUUGAGGGACUUAGAGCAGCGACACACGUUAUGCGAAUCAUUCCUAAAGCUGCUAACGAUAUGAUGGAUGUUGGAAGAUUACAAAAUUUUGAUGGUAAAAUAACAGCACAGGGUAAACUUUUACUCCACGGUCCAUUAAUGGUUGCUGAGCUGUCGGCGAUGCCGUCUCGCGGAAGAGAGUGGCAGGUAUUUCUUUUUGAGCAGAACAUAAUCUUUAGCGAGGCAGUUGGCAAGAAAGCUCAGUUUACUAAUCCUGGCUACUACUACAAAGCUCACAUUCAGGUAAAUAAAUUGAGUUUAGAAGAAACAGUGGAUGAUCCUGAAAAAUUUGUGAUCCGCUCGACGGAUCCAAGAAAGCCAGGUUUGGGAUUUGUGUGCAUUGUAGCGGAAGAGACUGGGCCAAGCAAACAAGAAUGGGUGGACACAAUCAAUGCCAUUUUGCAGACCCAACGUGACUUCCUUAAGGCGAUACAGUCGCCGAUUGCCUACCAAAAGGAACUUACCAAAGACCCACUCCGCAGCGCAACACCAGAACCAUUGACCCGUGCGGUCACAUCAGUACCACCGACAUUGACGGUGUCUGGAGCGGCUAACAAGGAGAGGGACAAUCAACGAAAGGCCCAAGUAAUGCAACGAUCACGAACCGGUGGUCUCGACAACUUUGAAUCACCAAGAACGCCAAGUCCAACCAAAAGCAAACUUAACUUCCUGGAGGGAUUCAGAAAUACACUACGAGCACGUUCACCAGUUCGAUCAACGUCCGUUCCGGUCGCACCAGGUGCACGAGUACGAUUAGCAGCUGAUUGGGGUGCACUUCGCGCUGGUGAAGAAUUUAUCGUGACACGACUCGAUGGUAAUGGUCUCGUUGUUUCGCCCACUGAAGGUGCAAAGGAAGAAUCAUGGAUUCCAGCUAGUCUCAUUCCAAAUUCAUCAAUGAGUCGUGCCUGGUCAUUUCGACCGAGAAAACAAAAUUCCGAUAAAAAUUCCCUCAUUGAAACAAAAGGUAAUAUUGGCAAAACACCACCAUGCAUAUCGAGUGCACCAUCGCCAAUAAAAGCAAAUGCCGGUGAAAUUGCAAGACUCGCUGUUCAAAUUUCGGGUGCUGUUGAAAAUGCAAUUGUCUCAUGGAAACGAGAGGGCGAGGAAUUAUGUUUUGAACAGGACGAUCGUCUUCGAUUGGGACAUAGCGCUGGAUUUUAUUAUUUAGAAAUUUCAAGAUGCCGGCCAUCUGACUCUGGCGUUUAUCAGUGCAAUAUUCAAUGUGAAAAUGGAUCUUGUUCCAGUUCAAUUGCUCUUCGAAUCACUGGAGGAAGUGGAACAACAUGGGCACGAGUUUUGGACUCAACGAGAAUUGAGAUUGAUUGGGAGGAUCGAGAAGUGGGAAAAUGUAGCGUUGAAUAUAGAUCUUUGCCCUCGUUUAAUUGGACGUUGGCAAUUGAGGAGGUUGAGAGUCCUCCGGUGAUGUUGGAUUUAUUACCUGGAACUUCGUAUAGUUUUCGAGUGGUGGGUAAAAAUGGAAUAACAACAUCGGCAUCGCCAAUUGUUAAUCUUACGCUUGGCGAUGGAACAGCUUGGGAGGCUGAACAAUUUGUUGCUAGAUAUUUGGAAUUAGAUGAACUUGGCAAGGGAAGAUUUGCAAUUGUACGACGAGCUCGUGAUCGUGGAACGGGACAGGAAGUUGCUCUCAAACAAACUCCAAGAAGAAAACAAUCGCGUUCGUUGACACGCGCCGAAUAUGAUUUACUCGCUUCCACUCAUCAUGGAAAUAUUGUACGAGCUUUUGCGCUUUUUGAAAAUGCCCCUCAGCCUGGAAUCGAUACAAUCGUUCUAGAAUUAGUUCGAGGACCAACGCUCUUUUCAUAUUUGAGUAAAAAGACUGAAUUCACCGAGAGUAUGGCGAGUAAAUUUGCAAAUCAGCUUCUCUCAGCGUUGCAAUGGUUACAUCGUCGCAAUAAUUCUCAUUUAGAUUUGAAACCGGAAAAUGUUCUGGUUGAUCAAGAGACUGGAAUUGUAAAGCUCAUUGAUUUAGGGGAAUCUGUUAGAGGACCAGUUGAUGAGGUUGUGCCACCAGCUGAUUUAGAAUUUGCAGCACCAGAAUCUGUUUUAGGUAGACCCACUGGACUUUAUACCGAUAUGUGGGCUGCCGGAGUAUUUAUUUACGUACUUCUUAGUGGUCUUUCACCCUUUCUCGACGAUUCAGUGGAAGAAACAACUGCAAAUAUUUUAAAAUGUGAUUUUUGUUUUCCUGACGAGUAUUUUGAGACAAUUUCCAAUGAGGCGAAGGAUUUACUUGGUAGAUUAUUAUGCUUAAGGGGUGAAGAACGAGCGAGUGCAGAAACAUCUCUAGCUUCACCAUGGUUCAAGGUUUCUAAAGGUGCUACAAUUUCCUCUUCUCGAAUGGCAGCAUUUACAGAACGACGAGCACAUUGUUCGAAAACCCAUCGAGAUCACCGUGACAGUUUUUAUUCGUAAUGUUUAUUAGUGCAGUAAUUAUGUUAAUCUAAUACAAAAAAAAAAACAAAAAGUUUAUAUAAAUACAGAUAACAAAAUGUUACUUUGUAAAUAAAUAUAGCCUAUUUAAAUUUUCUAAAAGUAAA